AUGCGUCAAACAUCUCUCCUUUGCGUCCUCUCUCUUGCUUCGGCAGCUUUAGCGGCCAGACCUUUCCUCAAUGAGCCCGACACGAUGAUUGACGAGUCCUUCGAGAUGUUCCCCACCGCCAACGGGAGCCUGCCAGACCUCUCUCGAAUCCUUGGCCUUCCGGACUUUGACUGGGCCGCGAGACAGUCGAUGAACAGCUCUGCAUACACCCGAUACCGCCACGGCUCGGGAGGUGAAUGGUCUUACAGGAACAAUCUGGAGGUGUAUGAGCGUUACCGAUUCCGGCCUCGAGUCAUGGUUGAUGUGACUGACAUAGAGUCUUCCAUGGAGACUACUAUUCUUGGUCACAAGUUCUCUGCGCCUUUCUUUAUCAGCCCAUGCGCCACUGCAGGUCUCGCCCAUGCCGAGGGCGAGAUCGGUCUCCUUAAGGCGGCAGCGGAGCAGAAUAUUCUCUAUAUCCCUUCCAUUGCCUCCAGCGUACCUUUGGAGAAGAUUGCCGCUGCCAGGACCCUCACUAUGCUAACAACCCAACAGAUUUACGUAUCGAACAAUAAAACCGCCGAUAGCCUUCUUUUCCGACGCAUGGAGAAGCUAGGAGUGAAGGCCCUGGUUCUGACUGUGGACUCGGCUGGGGAUCGCACGCGGCAUCGCGCCCUUCGAUUCGAGGAGAACACCAAUCAGGCUCGCUCCGCAAGUUUCAGACGCAUGACUUGGGCCAUUUACAGGGAUCUGCAGAAACUUACAAAGCUUCCUAUUAUUCCUAAAGGUAUCCAGACCGUUGAGGACGCGGUACAAGCCAUGGAAGCUGGUGCCCCAGCAAUUUUCCUGUCUAACCAUGGAGGUCGUGCUCUUGAUGGUUCUCCUUCUGCUUUCGAGGUGGCUUUGGAGAUACAUAAGAAAGCGCCCCAGGUUUUCAAGAAGAUUGAGGUUUAUGCCGACGGCGGUGUCCGCUAUGGAACCGAUGUUCUUAGACUUCUUGCCCUUGGGGUUCGGGCGGUUGGUCUUGGCCGUCCAUUCAUGUUCGCCAAUCUUUAUGGCGCAGAAGGAGUUUCUCGUGCAGCCACGCUCUUGAAAACGGAGAUUACGGCUUCUGGUGCUUCUCUUGGAGUUGCAGACUUGAAGAAGAUAAACUCGAGCUUUGUAAGUUGCGGCCCAUCGGCUAUAAUGAUUUCGAUUUGCUAA